UUCCUCUCUAGAGAAAAAGGGAUCUUUGCCGUCGCCGCCUCCGCCCGUCCGUCGCCGCCUCCUCUUGCGCUCGUGCCCGCCGGUGCACUUGCCUUCCAGCCCGCCUCCCUCCAUCGAGAUCCGCCCCUCAUCGCCGUUAACGUUCAGAGCCGCUUGCCUCGUGCAGAGGUACGUCCCUCCCCCGUCCGCUUCCCUUCUCCGCCUUCCUCCCCUGUCCAACACCUCCGGUGCCGAGCCUAGCUUGGACGAACAUCAACCGAAGCUGCAGAAGGGAUCCUGAUUGGAUUGGUUUAAGGGGAAAAACAAGACCGAUACACAUCUACAAAUUUUCAGAGGUGCCAAAUCCCUAGCAGAGGUUCACGGUACCAGUAAUGUAGAUGUAUGGGCGUUUUCGAGAGCUACUGUCCAGAAUCGUGAUGGCUUGGCUCAUGGAGCUUAACUAAUUAGAUUGUAAUGUUGGCAAUCUAAAAAGACCAAGUCAUUAUAGUGUUUGGCACCCCUCUUGAAAAAAAUUGCAAUAGUUUUGCUCGUUGAAAGGAUUAGAGUUCAUCAGCCAUGAAUACUGUGAUAACAAGCUUCAGUUUCAAUGCUCUCUGUGCAAAAGGAAUUGAUAUUUAAGGGAUGUAUCUAUGUAGUGUGCUGCACAACUUCAGAUUUGUACAAAGCUCUGAAUUUGAUUGCUGUGUCAACUAAUUUACAUUGUGCUGCAGAGCUACAACGACUAUCUUUUGUGCUCUCUUGCUUGUUUGUUGCUAUGUACAUUGUUGCUUCAGAGCUACCACAAAUAUCAUUGUUUCAUGAUUCUAGUAUGCUAAUAUUCACAUAACUUUUUUCAUGGCUUUGUUUCAUUUUCCUUGUUGAAUAUAGUGUAUAGUUUUAUCUAUAUUGCAUCAUCAUUUUUCGGACUGAAGGAACUCUGAGACCGCUGGACGUGAUUCGAUCCCUCCUAUUGGUAAGUAAUUUUUCCAUCUUCCCGUUCAUUUCAUCUUUUUUUGUUGACGAGCAACCAGAUCUCGUUCUCUUGUCUUUUCUUCUUCUUAUUACUAAUAGAAGUCAGUUUCUGAUGGAGUACUCUUUACUAAUAGCAGUCGGUUUCCUUUUGUUAUUUUUUCCAUGUGUUGAUUGCAUCUCAGACCUCGACUGGGCGUUGAAGAUGCAUAGCAACAGGGCGAAUUAUAUCACGCCUUGGGAGGUCAAGAAGAGGAGGAGGAUGCACAUGGCCAAUGCACAAGAUAGUUGCGGGGCCUCGAUUCCGUAUGAGAUGAUCAUAGAGCAGCUAAGGUUGCAAGGCGGCAGGCACCACCACCCAAGCUGCUAUACAUCUCACCUACCACCACAUUCGACUCCACCGCGGUCUACUCGUGCCCCUUCUCGCCAUCAUCAUCAUCGGGCCGCCCCAGAGAUCGUGGGGACCUACUGUUCACCAUCGACGGUGCCCGUGGCAACUGUGUGGAAGUAGUGACGCCCAUGCCGUGCCGCGGCCUCACCCUCCUCUACGACGCUAUCGGCGCAGCUUUCUACAUCUGCAACGCGGCAACACGAGCUGCUACGCGUCUGCCAGCUUCCACUGAGGAACGAGCAGCCAGGUCCGCUGCUGGGCUGGGGUUUGAUGCCCAGACAGAUGAGUACAAAGUGGUGAGGUUGAUCAAUAGGUUGUCUCAUCAGCAGGACUUGGUGUGGUGUGAGAUUUACACACCUGGAGGCCGCUCUGGGGAUCGCUGGAGGCCGCCUGCCGGAGGAGUACCCUUGAGCUUGCAUCAGUUUGUAUAUGCCGCUGUUACAAAUGCGGAAUUGAACAAAUUACCUCCUGUGUUUGCCAACGGUUGCCUGCACUGGUUGAUGAGACCCGCCUCUUUCACCACGACUCCGAGUGUUGCUGUCGUGUCCUUCUCGGUCACAGAGGAGACCUUCACAUGUCUCCGGUCACCGCCCUUCUGGGUACCAGGAGCGCCGCCGAUCAGGCAUGGGUUGUCAGGAGAGCAACUAGUGGAGAUGGAUGACCAACUAUGUUUGGUCCGAGAUACUCGCAACACAAUCCUUUAUGCUAACGUUUUGGAGAUCUGGAAACUGCCGGACUAUAGCUCUGGUGACUGGUUACUGAGUCACCGGAUCAAUUUGUCGAGCCACCUGGCAAGAGAUUUACGCGAAUCACAAAUUCUGAGAGUUAUUGGAUGUUUUGGGAUCAAUUCCAGCUCGCCAAGGAAGAAGAUAGUCAUCACUACUAGCAAGCACAAGAUUUUCGACGAGUAUCAGAAAAUGGUUCACACGUAUGACCCUAGGUCUGAAGCUCUAGAAACCAUUCUUUCAAUCAUGGAGACACACUCAACUCCAUAUUAUGGCCCCCCUAGUUCAAGGUUUAGUUUCAUUCAAGAUACCCUUGCUCCUGUGCAUAAGACAGAUGAAGAGAUAGCCUUGUCAUCUGACCUGGCUAAGGUGACUGGAGAGAUCCUACUCCGCCUCCCAGCUAAAGCAGUGAUACACUCCAAAUUUGUGUGCAAGCAGUGGUUCAGAUUGAUUGAGAGUGACAACUUUAUUCAGUCAUACUUUCAGCAUAAGAACAUGGACAAAAGACCUAAGGUCAUGCUUGUGGUCAAGGGCACUGGACAAUUGGGCUUCAGUUUUGCUCCCUUGAAUAAAUGCCUCCAAGAAGCUCCUAGUAACAGUACAUUACUUGAUACAAAGGUGGUUUGCUCCAAGCCUUGCCAUGGGCUGAACUUGGUAAGCACCGAGAUGAACGACUAUCUCUGCAACCCAUGUACAGGUUUCCACAAGGGCUACUCGCUUGGGCCAAAUUUUCUGCAGAGAAUGCCUAAAGCAGAAGAGCAUGCUUUCACAGUCGGCAAUAAGAAUAUUGGCUUGACUUUUGACCCUUUGACUCAACAACAUGUUUUCGUGGCAAUCUUCUAUCGCCAGAAGGACUUCAAAUCUCGUCAAUAUGACCUGACAUGCAGGUUACGCUUGUGUGACUCUCGGGAUCGCCCCCAACCGAGCUCGGUACCGCCUCUGCCUGUGAAUGACAUGCCACCGGCUUAUGUGGAAGGAAUGCUGUACUGGAUGAGUGAGCCAAGGUUGGGACAGAGCUGUGAAUGGAACAUUGUUUCUUUCAACCUUGCUACAAGAAUUUUUGAUGUCGUCGCAUGCCCUUCUUGGUUUGCAAGAUGGAAUAGCAGAAACCGCUGUCGUGCAUUUGUUGUUGAGCUCGUAGGACUAUUAUGUGCUGCUCUAGCAGAUCCAAUGGCUGAAAAAUUAGAUGUAUGGAAGCUAGAGCAUGGCCAAUGGGGCAGAGCAUUCACAAUUCACCUGGAAGCAUAUCCUGACUAUUCCCUUAAGACAAGUGUUGUCGUGCCAUUAGCUCUUGAUCCCGCUUACGGGAAGGUCCUGCUCAACACUGGGAGGAAAAUAGGGCUGUAUGAUCCAAUAAAUCAGACAAUUCGAAGUUUGUAUUCACUUGAUCAGGUGCUGGUUGCCAGAAGUACUAGUCCACACCACAAGUUUCUUGAUACGCCUUCAACUUCAUCAGGGAAUAGUUCGACAUGCUCCAAAGAAGACUCAGCGGCGGAGAUGAAUAGUAUGGACUCUAAAAUGAUUCCUUCUGUUCCAAUGUUAUAUGAGGAGAGCUUGGCAUCUUACACCCGUGUGGCCAAGAAACAAUUGUUGUGGUGAUGCAUUUUUAAGGCACCUACCUUCUUUAUAUGAAACAUCUAUUUGUGAUAUCUUGCCUGCAUGUUUGACAACUGAAACACCAAGCUUUGGUAAUGUAAUAGUAUUAAACAUUUUUUAUUGUGAGUAUAUCAUUUCGCUUUCUAAAUAUAUUGACGUGU